AUGUUCGGAUUUCGAGGCAAUUGUGAAAUACGGAAAGCACAGUGGGAGAUUUCAGAAGACCCGAAGCAACGGCCGCAGUUUCUCUGCCGAGAAAAUUCUUUUGUUCAACCGAUUGCCAGUUUGCUGUUACUUGAGCAGCAAAAUCACCAGAAGGAGCAAUCAUCUACAGAAGUACCGACGUGCAAGUCUCAUGUUCGCAAUUUAUCGCAUCGCAUCGCACAGGCUUUCAUCGAAUCAACCCUCUUGCGGACCCAAUCGAAGCAUAAUGAUUACUCAAGACGUAGCAGAUCAAGACGCUACACUCGGCUUUAA